CUACCUUACAAGAGAAGAAACUUCAUUCAGAAGACCACAGAGAGAAGAGGAAGAAGAAGAAGAAGAAGCAGUUUCACUGUGAGCAGUGUGGGAGGAUUUUUGUCUCUUCCCAUAAUCUAAAUGUUCACAUGAGGACACACCGUGAUGAAAAGCCUUUCAACUGCACUGAAUGUGGAAAUUACUUCAGAACCAAACAAUAUCUUAAAGUUCAUCAGAGAGUUCACUCUGGAGAAAAAUCUUACGAGUGUCCUCACUGUGAGAAGAGAUUUAGCCGUAAACGUGGUCUGAAGAGACACGUGCGUUCACACACCAAUGAGAGACUCUAUCAGUGCAGGGAAUGUGACAAAACCUUUAGGGAUUCACUCUCUUUAAAAAAACACCAGAAUACUCACAUUAAAGAGAAACUCCAUCAGUGUUCCCACUGUGAUAAAUGUUACUGUCAUAAAUAUCAGCUGAUAGUCCAUGAGAGAGUUCAUACUGGAGAAAAACCUUAUCACUGUAGUGUCUGUGGGAAGAGUUUUAGUCAAAAAACUACAUUAAUAUGUCAUAAGAGAAUUCAUACAGGUGAAAAACCUUACAAAUGCUCUCAGUGUGACAUGACAUAUGCUUAUUCAGGUCACUUCAAAGUCCAUCAGAGAGUUCAUACUGGAGAGAAACCUUACGUCUGCUCUCACUGUGGAAAGAGCUUCUCUAGUUCAUCUAAAUUCAGAGUUCAUCAAAGAGUUCAUACUGGAGAGAAACCUUAUCACUGUAGUGUCUGUGGGAAGAAUUUUAGUCAUCAAACUACAUUACUAUGUCACAAGAGACUUCAUACAGGUGAAAAACCUUUUAAAUGCUCUCAGUGUGACAUGACAUUUGCUUAUUCAGGUCACUUCAAAGUCCAUCAGAGAGUUCAUACUGGAGAGAAACCUUACGUCUGCUCUCACUGUGGAAAGAGCUUCUCUAGUUCAUCUAAAUUCAGAGUUCAUCAAAGAGUUCAUACUGGAGAGAAACCUUAUCACUGUAGUGUCUGUGGGAAGAAUUUUAGUCAUCAAACUACAUUACUAUGUCACAAGAGACUUCAUACAGGUGAAAAACCUUUUAAAUGCUCUCAGUGUGACAUGACAUUUGCUUAUUCAGGUCACUUCAAAGUCCAUCAGAGAGUUCAUACUGGAGAGAAACCUUACGUCUGCUCUCACUGUGGAAAGAGCUUCUCUAGUUCAUCUCAAUUCAUAGUUCAUCAGAGAGUUCAUACUGGAGAGAAACCUCAUCACUGUAAUGUUUGUGGGAAGAGUUUUAGUCAAAAAACUACAUUACUAAAGCACAAGAGAAUUCAUACAGGUGAAAGACCUUACAAAUGCCCUCAGUGUGACAUGACGUUUGCUCAGGCAAGUUCCUUAAAAUCCCAUGAGAGAAUUCAUACUGGAGAGAAACCUCAUCACUGUAGUGUCUGUGGGAAGUGUUUUAGUCAAGGGUCUUCAUUACUAAAGCACAAGAGAAUUCAUACAGGUGAAAAACCUUUCAAAUGCUGUCAGUGUGACAAAAUGUUUACUUGUUCAAGUAACUUAAAAAAACAUGAAAGGGUUCAUACUGGAGAGAAACCUUAUCACUGUAGUGUCUGUGGUAAGAGUUUUAGUGUAAAGGCUACAUUGCUAAAUCACAGGAGAAUUCAUGAAAAACCUUAUAAAUGCUCUCAGUGUGGCAUGACCUUUGCUCAGUCAGGUUACUUAAAAUCCCACCAGAGAGUACAUUCUGGAAUGAAAAGUUAUUACUGUAGUGUUUGUGGGAGGAGUUUUACUCGCCAUGGCAGUUUAGUAUUACACCAGAGACUUCAUUCAGGUGAAAAACCUUUCAAAUGCUCUCAGUGCGACAAGAUGUUUACUUGUUCAAGUAACUUAAGAUACCAUCAGAGAGUUCAUACUGGAGAGAAACCUUAUCAGUGUAAUGUCUGUGGUAAGAGUUUUAGUCAAGGGUCUUCAUUACUAAAGCACAAGAGAAUUCAUACAGGUGAAAAACCUUUCAAAUGCUCUCAGUGUCUCAAGACGUUUGCUCAGUCAAGUCACUUACAAGCCCAUCAGAGAGUUCAUAUUAGUGAGAAACUUUAAAGCUGAAGGUAUACUAGGGGGGUCUGCAUGACGUCAUUUUUGUCAUCAGGAGAAAAUGACCGUACGCGUUCAACAGCGCAUGUGUGAGAACAUAUUGAGACAGAACACCCCACUACAAACAAUUAGGGCGCACUCACACUAUCCAAACCAAACCGUGCUCGGGCACGUUUGACCCCCAAAGCCUGGUUUGUUUGACUAGUGUGAUUGUUCUGUUCCGUGGAUUUGUUAAUGCCGUUGCGCAGGGGUUAAAUUGGGAUUUGUUAUGUGGGGGGGCUCUGCGUGGAGGGGUACUUUAAGGGGUAACAUGUUUAAUACUGAUGAUAGCAAAGCCACUGGUGUGUUUCAAUGACAUUCUGGACCUCUAUAGGAUUUGAUAAGUUUCAGCUUUAAAGCUGUGCCAGAGGUUGACCCAAAAUAUUUUAAAAAGAGCUUCUGAAUUUUAAAUGAUGCAAAUCUAUGAGUUUGACACCCUAUAUCCAUUUGUUCCACAUGUCAUUAUGCACAACUGAUCAAACUUUAAAGGAAUUUAAAAGAAUCAACCUCCUUGAAUAAUUCUAGGCAUAAGAUAGGCUACCCCAAAAGACUCAAUUAACAAGAAAAGGUACAACACACAGUACUGUAUCAUCAACAUGUCUUAUAAAUUAGCCAUAGAGAUUCCCUAUGCUGGUCAGCAGCUAAAACAAUCAUAUAGUUAGGUUUGAUUUGUGUAAUCAAAAUACAUUAUUUUACUAAACUAUACAAUAGUUAUAUCCAGUUUUAUCCUUAACAUAAUGUAAUUAAAUGAGUGACAUACAUACUUUAAUCCUUUACACGUUUCUAGUCUUCUAUUAAGUUUUCUCGACGUGGGCACCAUUCUUACCUCUCUCUGUCUCUCUCUCUCUGUAUCUCUCUCUCUGUCUCUCUCUCUGUCUCUCUCUCUGUCGCUCUCUCUGUCGCUCUCGCUCUCUCUCGUCAAAUUAUCCUGCAUGAGAGCGCGUUCUUGAAGUUCUGAGUUUUUUCGCUUGAGUUGCAUAACUUGCGCGAAGACACGUUUAAAGGGAAAAGCACGUGUUUUCGCGGCAAUUGCGGCGCCCAAUUCGCGUCAUUUUCAUCGCCUUGUGCGAGGAAGCGCCUGGUUGCGUCUUUGCAUUGACUUUGUAUGUAAUCUGCUUGCGCAAAUCGUUGAACUUGCGUUGGUGAGUAUGCCCCAUAAUGAAUGAAAACGCAUUAUUCCCUUCGCGUCAGUGCACACGCACCAGCGCAGCGGGUACACUGGCAAGAGCAGAGCGAGACCUUCAGCCUAUGUGCUGGGGCUUAGCCCCGGACGGCCCCGGCCCAAUUUAAACCCUGGCGUCGCGGCUGGGUUGCAGAGGUGGGCGGAACUCGGAUCGAUAAAAGUACAGUGUGAGUGCGUGCACCUGGGGGAGUAUGGAGGGUUGACAAUCGCGCUGGGGCAUGGUUUGGUUUGGAUAAUGUGAGUGCACCCUUACACAAAGGCAAUAGAAAGCAUUUGCACACACACUAUUGUUUUUUCUUUUUAUUUUCACUUAUUUCAAGAACAGAAAGCUGUGGAGCAUUUUCGUCACCCUAAUGUUUGACUCCUGGUCUUUGUUUUCUUCUUGUUUCUUCUAAACUUUGUUUGCCAUGGUGGAUCAUCUACUUUUCUUCACCUAUCCUGCAUUUUUUCCGUUGCAUAGUACCUCACGGUUUGGUGUCAGCUUCAGACCUGCCAACCUUUACGCAUUUUGCGUAACAGAUACGCAUUUAGACACCAAACUACGCUGCUACGAUUUGUCACUUCAAAAUACGCGAAAAGCCUUUGAUGGCUUUGAUUUAAACUGUAUGUGCAUUUGCGCACUAGGCAACUCAUCUAUGAGUGUCUAUGAGUCUACCGCAUUGGGCAGCAACCUGUUGGGAAAAGACGACGUCGACCAAUCAUAGCGCUAGUUUUAAACUCUUCAAAGCGGAGAGCGUGGAGCCGUUGCGACUCGCAACGAAUAACGAAAUUGUUCUUCAUCUCGGUCCAUCUUCAUACUGUGACUUGUUUUACAAGGGAGGAUGGUUCUAAACACCGUUUUUAAAGGUAAAUGGGCAGGGUAUGGGAAUUGUGAAUUGCAUCCAUUGUAAUAAGCAUGCCAACCAGGGCCGUCUAGACCCCUUUUACUGUUGCACGUGCCCUAGUGUUAAUCUGUUGUACCCAGUGUCCUAUGUUGUGCCUCAAGUUUAAGUUUUUAGUUUAUUUGCCAGUAUAUUCAUUGUUAAUCGCGGCAAAACUGAGCUAUAUGAACCGUAAUUCACAGUUGUAAACGCGUUGCCGUCCCACAAGACAAACUGGCGCGAGCACGCAGAAAUCGAUGUCCGCAAGCGGAGCGUCUGUGUUUACUUUUUGUAGCACUCAGCCGCCGCUCACUCAGAAGAGCAUGUGAGGCACGCGAGAAAACAUGACAAAACAAAAGUAAGUUUCUAAAUAAUAUCAAUCUUAUUCUUACCCGAUUGUUACUGGCUCCUGUCAAUGUACAUCCGAUUUUUUUGUGCAGAGCAGGGAAAUAGAAGCAGGAAGCAUAUGAUGAGGGAGGUCAAACGAACUAUAUGCUCAGCCAGUCAAAACCAAGUAUAGAGGUUUGCAUUAUUGCUGAGAAAAACAAUGUUUGUGUACUGUUCUGUAUUGUCAGAUAUGAAAUUACUGUUUAGAUCACUAGAUCUACUUUAGGUUUAAACACUAUGCAGAUAAUAUACACAAAACGAUCAUCCACAUAUGUUUUUUAUUGUAGUAGCAGCUAAGUAAUGUUAUUGUAAAUUUUUGUAAAAGACUCAUUAUCAUCAGUACUGUAGAAUGCAAAUCAGCUAACAUGCCAUUUAUGCAUUAAAACAUAUUAAUGCUGUUCAUGUUAGGUAUGUUAAAGAAAAAGUAGUGGUAGGCAUGCUUUGCCCCAUUAGAGGUUCAUGUCAACAUGCCUGCAGGAACAUAAAGCAAGGAUAUAGCACGCUAUUUGUGGAUUGUUAUUUAUAAUGUCCCAUGUAUUUAAGACAUAUGCCAUAGUCUUUUUGUUAAAUAGUUAAAUUUUAGUUUUGUGGCAGACUGAGAAAUAGAUAAAUGUAUGUGAAUGUACAACAAUGCUCUCACUUGUAUGAUGUCACAGCAGUAGGCAGCGCACAUAUAACGACAUGCCUAUAAUCCCUCCCAUCUGAAAUAAUACUAACUCGAUGGAAAAGCUAACCAAGCCAAAGUGAAGUGAGCUGACCGACCUGACUCGCAAAUCAGUGCGGCUCUGACGCCCUGGUAGUGUAAUAAUUUGAAUGAGAAAUCAUUUGUAUUGUGUACAGUCGUGGCCAAAUGUUUUGAGAAUUACAUAAAUAUUAGAAAUUGGAAAAGUUGCUGCUUAAGUUUUUAUAAUAGCAAUUUGCAUAUACUCCAGAAUGUUGAAUGAAGAGUGAUCAGAUGAAUUGCAUAGUCCUUCUUUGCCAUGAAAAUUAACUUAGGCCUAGUCCACACGGACAAGGGUAUUUUUAUAACCGUGAGUUUUUUAGCGCGGUUCGGUCGUUCGUCCACACGAAACCGCAGUAUCAGGGCACUGAAACCGAGCAUAUUUGAAAACCCCGGCCAGGGUGAGCUUUUUAAGAAACCCGGUUACAGUGGUGUCGUGUAGAGAGUAAAACUGGGGGUUUUGCCUUGCGACGUCAGCGUGUGCGCCGCUAUCCACUGUGUUUGACGUCAAGAUUGUGCGCCACGACUGCUUUGUUGAUGAUUCUGUGCAAUGGCGGACGUAUCUUGCUAAUAAUAACUGUGCCAACAGGGCUUCUAACAUGUAUACAGAUAGAUGCUCAGUUAUCUCACUAUGUUGCAGAACACGAUUUGGGUUAUAUCCCCGUCUGCUGGUGUGGCAUGCCCUUGACAGCGCUUGAUAGCGUGCUUUUGCUUUAUCGUGUGGAUGGAUAUUUAAUUUAAACCGAGCAUGUGUGGACGGGAUUUUUUUUUAGGGAAAACUCCAGUUAUAAAUAUACCCGUGUCCGUGUGGACUAGACCUGAAUCUCAAAAAAACCUUUCCACUGCAUUUCAUUGCUGUCAUUAAAUGACCUACUGAGAUCAUUUCAGUAAUCGUCUUGUUAACUCAGGUGAGAAUGUUGACGAGCACAAGGCUGGAGAUCAUUAUGUCAGGCUGAUUGGAUUAGAAUGGCACACUUGACAUAAAAAAAGAAGGCUGAUGCUUGAAAUCAUUGUUCUUCCAUUGUUAACCAUGGUGACCUGAAAAGGAACGUGUGCAGCCAUCAUUGAGUUGCAUAAAAAUGGCUUCACAGGCAAGGAUCUUGUGGCUACUAAGAUUGCACCCAAAUCAACAAUCUAUAGAAUCAUCAAGAACUUCAAGGAAAGGGGUUCAAUUCUUGUAAAGAAGGCUUCAGGGCGUCCAAGAAAGUCCAGCAAGUGCCAGUAUCGUCUCCGAAAGAGGAUUCAGCUGCGGGAUCGGAGUGCCACCAGUGCAGAGCCUGCUCAGGAAUGGCAGCAGGCAGGUGUGAGCGCAUCUGCACGCACAGUGAGGUGAAGACUUUUGGAAGAUGGCCUGGUGUCAAGAAGGGCAGCAAAGAAGCCACUUCUCUCCAAAAAUAAACCAUCAGGGACCGAUUGACCUUCUGCCAAAAGUAUAGUGAAUGGACUCAUGAGGACUUCUGCAAAGUCAUAUUCUCAGAUGAAGCCCCUUUCCGUCUGUUUGGGGCAUCUGGAAAAAGGCUUGUCAGGAGAAGAAAAGGUGAGCGCUACCAUCAGUCCUGUGUCAUGCCAACAGUAAAGCAUCCUAAAACCAUUCAUGUGUGCGGUUGUUUCUCAUUCAAGGGAGUAGGCUCACUCACAAUUCUGGCCAAAAACACAGCCAUGAAUAAAGAAUGGUACCAAAAACACCCUCCAACAGCAACUUCUUCCAACAAUCCAACAACAGUUUGGUGAAGAACAAUGCAUUUUCCAGCACGAUGAGCGCCGUGCCAUAAGGCAAAAGUGAUAACUAAGUGGCUCUGGGACCAGAACGUUGAAAUUUUGGGUCCAUGGUCUGGAAACUCCCCAGAUCUUAAUCCCAUUGAGAACUUGUGGUCAAUCCUCAAGAGGCGGGUGGACAAAAAAAACCCCACAAAUUCUGACAAACUCCAAGAAGUUAUUAUGAAAGAAUGGGUUGCUAUCAGUCAGGAUUUGGUCCCGAAGUCGAUUAAGAGCAUGCCCAGUCGAAUUGCAGAGGUCCUAAAAAAGAACGGCCAACACUGCAAAUACUAACUUCUUGCAUAAAUGUCAUGUUAUUGUUGAUAAAAGCCUUUGAAACGUAUGAAGUGCUUGUAAUUAUAUUUCAGUACAUCAAAGAAACAACUGAAACAAAGAUCUUAAAACAGUUUAGCAGCAAACUUUGUGAAAACUAAUAUUUAUGUAUUUCUCAAAACUUUUGGCCACGACUGUACAUGUUCAACACGGGUAGCUGAGUAUGCUUUGAAAGCUGUCUGUGAGCCGGACACGGAAAAAGUAUACCCGGCCGUUAAGUCUGCUCUCACUGUGGAAUAAGCUUCUCUAAUCCAUUUCAAUUCAGAGAUCAUCAAAGAGUUCAUACUGGAGAGAAACCAUAAAGGCUGGGUAUACCUUUUUUCCGCGUCCGGCUCACACGCGUCCGUGCAGCUUUCCAAGUAUACUCCCCACGGCUACACGCGAAUGGCCGCAUUUGACACUAUAUGCAAUACAAAUGAUUUCUUAUUCAAAUUAUAACUCUACCAGGCCGUUAGGGCAGCACUGAUUUGGCGACAUUUACAGUACAUUAAAACAUUAGGAUAGGUGAAGAAAAGUAACCAAUCCACCAUUCCAAACACAGUUUAUAAAAAACAAGAAGACAACAAAAAGCAGGAAUCAAACAUUAUGAUAACAAACAUGCUCCACAGCUUUCUGUUCUUGGAAGAAGUAAAAGUUAAAGAAGAAAAUCGAUAGUGCGUGUGCAAAUGCUGUCUAAUUCCUUUGUAUAAUUGUUUGUAGUGGAGUAUCCUGUCUAAAUAUUUCCACGCGCAUAAGCUGUUGUACGCGGACUGUAUGUGCACUCAAAUUUUGGGCUGCACGCGGACGGUCCGCGUAGCCAACCGCGGACCCUCCUGAUGACGAAAAUUAAGUCCCUAGUAUACUUCCGGCUUAACACAGUAGUGUCUGUGGGAAGAGUUAAUCAACAGUCAAACUUCGUAAAGCACCAGUGACCUUAAUAAGGUUAUGACACCAAAAACAGUUUUACAUAUUAUUAAAGAGUAACUAAACUCUAAACCAACUUUUUUUGUAAAAAUGCCUGACUGCUGCCCUCCUCAGGUCGAUCUGUGGCUACUGAAGUUGAAUUUUCCUAUUGGAUGUUGCGGUACUAAGUUACUUAAGCUGUAUGGUGUGACAUAAGCAGGUUCAAGCUCGCCUCACCCUUGUUACGAUCUCACCACACCCUUGGCAAAAUUCUCCAUUUUAGAGGCUGACAGCAGCAGCCCCCAAAUCAGCCCCGCCCUCGGUUCGUCCCCUCUUUUUCCAUUGGGGUCUGCCCAAUUUUCUUGCAUUUUUCAAAUAGUGCCAGUGGUGGAGUCAGGCUCUGACCUGGGGCCGGUUGCACGUAAAAAUAUUGGGUGUCCAACGUCGGACAUUGUGAAAAAUAUUUACGCCUGUUGCACCAUCUAAAACUACGACCAAACGCAGCUACGCUCAGUGUAGAUGAUGCACACCCCCACGUAUGCGUUUACCAGUGAUAUUUAAACGCCGUUCGCGUUUACUAUGGCAAAAAUGGUACACUAAUAGAUGACAUAUGAGGGCUUUCCCCAUGUUUACCAGUGCGCUCUCCCUCAAGAUGCGUGCGUGUAGACUCAUCAAACACAUUAUAACAGUUCUAGUUUCAAACAAAAUUAAAUUAAAGCUUUUAAUAAGUUCUCUACAGUGUCUUUGUAAGUAUUUAUGUAUUUUAUUAUAUAAUUUAUUAGGGGUCUCUCUACCAUGCAUGAAAGCACAUUGCGUAUCCUGUGCACGCGCCAAUGUCUUGUCACAUUUCAUUAUUUCUAUUUUGCCAUAGAAACAAAGUCAAUACUUUAUACUUACUCCUACCCUUGACUAGAGGUAAGUUUAAAGGUGCAGUGUGUAUAUUUUAGCGGUAUCUAGUAGUGAGGAUUGUGAAUUGAAACCAACGGCUUAGUCUACCAUUCACCAGAACGCAUAGAGAAUCUAUGGUAGUCGCCAAAAGACAAACAUGUUGUUGUCUAAGACAAAAUGAAAAUGUGCUUUGUAGAGCAGUUUGUUCGUUUAGUGCUACUGUAGAAACAUGGCGGCACGAAAUGGCGACUUCCAUGUGAGGGGACCCGCUGUGUAUGUAGAUAAAAUCGGCUCAUUUUAAGGUAAUAAACACAUAACUGAUAAUUAUGUAAGGUAUUUAUACACAACUGAUAAUAUAGUUGUGUAUAUUAUAUUGCAUUUCUGUCAAGAGGUCCUUCUAAAAGCUGCACACUGCUUUUUGGA